GUAAGUUAUUCGUUUGAUGGCAAUCUUUUCUCUAUACUACUUUUCCUUUUAUUUUUCAGAAUUCUUCAAAAAUUCUAAACCAUUGAGUUAACGAAAAAAUCUAAACAAUCUUUGUUUACCCCCUCAUUUCUCUAUUGUCAUUUUGCUAUCAUCACACCUCUUUCAAGAACAUUUUCUUUGUUUUUUUCCUUAAUUUCUUCAUCUAGUGAAACCCUUUUUCUUUUGUUAUCAGGGAUCUUGCAUAUCUUUUAAGAUGGUGUUGCAAUAGUUUCUUCUCUUUUCGAUUUUUUAUCUUCUAUAUAUUUCUUCACAUAUUCAUACAAAAUUUCGGAUACAAGAACAUGCAUGAUCAUGAAACUUUCAAGAUGAACAUUAUUUUCUCAAGAAAACUAUGGAUUCUUGAGCUAAAUAUAUGAUUCUCUUAUUCAUUUUUCAUUAUCCCUUAAAUUUUGAAGAGUUUUAUGGUCACAAAUUUUUGUAAAUAUAAAGAUCAUUUUUGUAGAUUUUAAAACUGGUUUAUUAGGCUAGGAAAUUUGGAUAUUUUUAAUAUAUGCACGUUGUUUUUUCGUUCCUUUCAUCGGUCAUUCGUUUUGUACAAAUAAAACAAAACUAGGAUACAAGAAUUUGGUUUCCACAAAGAGAAGAGAUAUAUGCAACUUGGAAUGUCAAGUACCAAGAUGAAAAGUCUCUUGAAAGGCCUCCGAUACAUAUCUCAAGUUUUUGCAAUAGAAGGUGAAAAGGAAGAAGAGAUGCAAAUAGGAAAUCCAACGGACGUAAAGCAUGUUGCCCACAUUGGUUGGGAUGGACCGUCUGAUAAUGCCACUGCACCUAGCUGGAUGAACGAUUUCAAGAGUUCUCCUGUAAUGGAAUCAAUUCAAGGAUUAGGAGAAGACGAUUCCUCAGUGAAAUGUCAAUCAGAGUUUGGUGGUCGGACUAGAGAUUUACCAAAACUACCAAAAUCCACGAGAAAAUCAUCGUCUGAGAAAGGUUCUCCGACCAAAGAAAGAUCAGACAAGACCAAACGUCGGACUUCAAACAAAGGCACAUCAUCGUCUAGGAGAACCAAAGACGAAGAUUCUACCUCAUCGUCUAGGAGAACAACUAAAGAUGAAGAUUCUUCUUUGUCUCAACAUAGUGCUGGAUUACCAGAGGUUCCAAAGAAGUCAAAGAGAAAGAAAUCUAAAGAAGCUGGUAAUGGAGGGUCUUCGAGAUCAUCACGAAUAUCAGAAGCUGAUUAUAUGUCUGAUACUGGUUCCGAUAGAUCUAUGCCUCAAUUUGAAGACGACAGAAAUGGGUUUUGAUUUUCAUUUUCGUUAAAGAAAACAAGAGACUUUAAAGUUUUGUAAUAGUAAAGAAAUGUUGUAGAAACUUUUGAACAUAGUCUGAAGUAAUUUCAUUACCAG